UACAAUAACCUAUUUAUUUCUUAAACAUUACCAAAAUGGUGAAAACUGCAAUACUCCAAUCCAUCUUGGAAACGGAAAGCCCCAGUUAGAAGUCAUAAACUCAUUUCAUAUCAAAUUAGGUUUCGAAAUUUAUAAUAUCCGAUCCAUAUCAUACUUGGUCAAGAAUUUCUUCCUCAAGCUAGUACUCCUAUAAAUUUAUUAAGAAUGGAGCACAUUAAAUAUAUUUCCAAAGUAAACCUACUACACUAUCUUCCAAUAUGAGAAACUACAUUCACUUGUUUGGUUUAUCCUGCAUCGUUAACCAACUCUCACAAAAACAAUCACCAAAGAAUGCUCAACCAUCUUCUUCUUCUUUACCCCUUUUAAACAUUAGAUCUUCCGUACGCAUUCGACAUGAUAAGUGGUAUAUACCAUCUUCAUAUAACUUAACACAGCCACAAGCACUUUAUCGUAGAAAAGUGAAAGAGGAAAUCCUAUCGAAUCAUAUCUAUCUCACCUCUUCAGUUGUCUUGUCCUACGACAGAUUCUACCGUGAAAUUUCAAAAUUGAUUGGGAGUUGGAACGUCACAUAUCAAGAUCAACGUGACUCUAUAGUGGAAAGUACAAUGAGGCAGGUGCGUAGUAUCGCUGAGUCUAACAAAGGUCAUCGCGGAGCGUUGGAGUUAUCUGUAGAUGUAAAAUUGGUAUGCCACCAUGUUCUUGAUGCAAGGAUUUUGUUUCCAGAAGAAGAGUUAUUAUCACAAUAUGGUAUGGUGCCAGCUAGUAAGUCAUCCAUGGAGUUGUUAAAGAAGACGAAGAUUGAUGAAGAAAAUAACAAGGAGGAAUGUAUGGUGUGUCUAGAAGAGCUUGUGAAGAAGGAACCUGAUCAUGAGAUACUUAGCAUGCCUUGUUCUCAUAUGUUUCAUGGAGAGUGUAUCACCAAGUGGUUAGAGACAAGCCAUUAUUGCCCUAUUUGUCGCUUUGAGAUGCCUAUGGACGAAGAACCGAUGGUCGAACAGACAAACAAUUAAAUUUUAUCUUUUAUUAUAGUGUGUGCUUUUAGAGUCGUGUGUAUGCAAGAACGCUCUAGUACCAAUAAACAGUUUUAGCAAAUCUUUUGAGAUAAUCAUAUGUAAAAAUAGCGGUA